AUGGCACAACACGGCUUCGGCCAGUUCAACGGUGGCCACGGUGGAGGUGGCGGCGGAAGCAUCGAUCCUAACGACUUGGCCAUGGGCGCAAACUAUGGAUCAUCCUAUUCCAACAACUACAACUCCAACUCAGGAAACACAAAUGGGUUCUCGAGCGGCUCCGCCCUCUUUGGAGACGAUGAGCUGCUCGAUGGCCUCGGAAGCCCGACCGAACAGCCGUUACAUGGCCAUGGCCAGGAUUUUGGCGGCGGAAUGUCAAACAUGGAUAUGGGCUUCAACCAACCUAUCUACGGCUCCCACCACGGCCUAGAUCAAAACCACAUCAACGGCUACUCCAACACCCCCGACGGUGACCCCAUCCAAAGCCCCUUUGUGCAUAGCUUCAAUAACUCGGGAUUCGGCCAGAUGCACCAUCGCCAGGCGCUCGGCACUUCACUUCAGUCUCCCAUCUCCUACUCGGGCUCGCCCUUGGCUGGGUCCGACCUGACUGGUGAUGCCGCCGAAACCAACUACCUCAACGCUAAGAACCGAGCCAGAAUGGCACAAGCUAUGCAACGGAAGAGCUCAUCUUCCAACACUCGCAGCCCCAUGACUCCCAAGUCAGCGAUGCACUCGGUACCGAUGGCGACCCAGGAGUCAACUGGCUUCGGUUCUCAGUCCAUCCGGGCCCAAGGCAUGCAUGAGAAAUCACCAUCCGGAGGUCAGUGGAUGCAGACCCCAACAGGAAGUAUGGCAGCGUCCUAUGGCUCUGGCUUCUCGUCGCCUAUUCAACCCGGUCUCGCUCAACUCAACGAGGUCAUGAUGAAGGGUGGCACAUCGAUGCCUGCAAAGCUAGGGGCUCAACCCGGAGGUGCGGUCUCCUCUCAAGAGAUGAAGCGGAAGCGGCGUCGGGAGUCUCACAACCUCGUCGAGCGACGCCGCCGAGACAACAUCAAUGAGAGAAUUCAAGAUCUCAGCAGACUAGUGCCCGCACAUCGCUUGGAGGAUGAGAAGAUCCGCAAAAUGAUACAGAACGGUACCCCGCUCUCGCCUACAUUGUCCGGCAUUUCGAACCCAUCGCAGGCUACCUCGGGCCUUGCCGGUCCGGGCGCACGUCGCGCAGCUGGCGCAACAGGCAAUAUUACGACUGGCCUCCCCCUCGAGGACAAGGACAAGGGUCCCAACAAGGGAGACAUUCUGAACGGCGCAGUCAGUUGGACGAGAGAUCUGAUGUGGAUGCUGCACCUGAAGCUGCAGCAGCAGGAGGAGCUGAUGAACGCCAUUGCGGAACUCGGCGGCCAUUUCCCGUUUGAGCUCACAGAGGAUGAGAAGCGCAUGCAAACCGAGCUGAUGGAAGCCAUCUCCAAGAACGAGGUUCCAGGGUACUCCCGCACGACCGGAUCUGGUCUUCGCGUACCUCAUCACACCGACUUCCGCGGCGAGCCCAUGAAUGGCUCAGGUAAUGCUGACGGUACCUCUGUUAGCCCUGGCGCUACCAACGGCACCGGCCUCGCCAAUGACCUCAACGCCGGCAGCGAAUUUUGGAAUGAUCCGGAUGAUGAUGACAGUGGUCCAACUUCGCUGAACUUCAAGGAGGAAGACGAGUUCGGCAUGGACCUGACACAGUAG